CUGUUCCCAGAACAAAUGUAACAUGCUGCAGCAUAUCAGACAUAAACCACUAAUGAAAGUUGUAACACAUUAUCAACUAACCUCUACAUGCACUGCCACAGCCCUUCUGUCACUCUGUUGAGCAAGUUUGUGCUGAUGACACUGUUUUAAUAAUUUAUGAAUCACACACUAUUUUCCUGUAUAUAGUGUUAUUUCCUGCUUAUAAAAAGAAAGAAGAGAAGCACAAAACGAAAGACAAGAGGAAAUAACAUUUGACCCAUUUACAGCAUUGCAUCACAGUACAGAUCUGUAUGAAAGCAUAUGACCAACCCAGAGUGGGCUGCUCCCUUCACUAACUCAGUGAAGUGUCCGUUAACUUCCUCAAGCCUCAGAGACACUGUUCUCUAAAAACUGGAAACAUGGAAUGAACAGAGAACAUUAUAAAUACAAGCAUCAUCAACAAGUGAAGAGAGAGCGGCUCAUUAUGGAGCCAAAGGGAUCAGUGAUGUCACCCGACGACACACCAAUGCCUCGAAGGAGUCUGGGCUCCGACUCUGGUCUACAUUAUGGCUCCUUUGUUAACAGCCUUGCAUCACUUACACCAAAGGCAGGGGAGAAACCAGCCGUGUCCCCUAGGCAUGCCUAUAUAGGUGUAGCUGUGCUUUGUUAUAUCAACUUGCUCAACUACAUGGAACGUUACACAAUAGCAGGUGUACUUUCAACCCUUCAGACAUUCUUUGAUAUAAAUGAUAGUACAGCUGGAUCUCUGCAAACAGUUUUCAUCUGCAGCUUCUUACUAUUGGCCCCUUUAUUUGGUUACCUUGGUGACCGCUACAACCGGAAAUACAUCAUGAUUGGUGGUCUGAGUGUGUGGCUUGUGACUUCAGUCGGAAGCUCUUUUGUCACUAAGUCGUAUUUCUGGCUUCUCGUGCUGUUGCGAGCCCUUGUUGGGAUAGGAGAGGCCAGCUACUCUACACUUGCUCCCACUAUCAUUGGGGACCUCUUUAUUGGGGGUAAACGGAGCAUCAUGGUCUGUGUGUUCUACAUCUUUAUCCCUGUCGGAAGUGGUCUUGGAUACAUAACAGGGGCAGGGUGUGCUACUCUCACAGGGGACUGGCGCUGGGGUCUCAGGAUCACUCCUCUCCUGGGUGUAGUGGGACUUAUCUUGCUGGUCUUCUUAUGCCCUAAUCCACCCAGAGGUGCUGCAGAAACCCAGGGAGAAGGAGUCACAGGACAGAGUUCUUACCUGGAGGAUGUCAUGUAUCUUCUGAGAAAUAAAAGUUAUGUAUUGUCAUCACUUGGAGUGACAGCUCUGGCUUUCCUUACCGGAGCCCUGGCUUUCUGGAUGCCUACUUUUCUGUCCAGAGCUCAGGUCGCUCAGGGACUCCUAUCGCCAUGCACCAAAGAGCCCUGCGACCCCACAGCCAGUUUAAUCUUUGGUGCUGUGACUGUAGUGACAGGCAUUGUGGGAGGAGGUCUUGGCACCGGAUUAUCCAGAUGGUUUAGGGACAAGGUAUCCAAUGCGGACCCGCUCAUCUGUGCAGCAGGCAUGCUCGGAUCAGUCCCAUGCCUCUUUAUUACCAUCUUUGUGGCAUCAGCAAGCAUUCCAGCCACUUAUGUAUUCAUUUUCCUAGGUGAAUUACUGUUAUCACUGAACUGGGCUGUCUUGGCUGAUAUACUGCUGUAUGUGGUUGUACCAACCAGAAGGGCCACAGCUGAAGCUCUCCAGAUUACAUUUGGUCAUCUCCUGGGUGAUGCUGGGAGUCCUUACCUAUUAGGAGUGAUCUCUGAUGCUAUAGGGGAUUCUAAACCUGCAACCCAUCACUGGAGCUUCCACAGUCUGAAGUACAGCCUCCUGGUUUGCCCAUUUGUCGGGAUCCUGGGUGGACUGUUUUUCCUCAUAACUUCCCUUUACAUUACUGAAGACAGGAAGGCAGUUCAGAGAUCACUUGGAGACGAUCCUGUACCACAGCAGGGUCCUGCACCUGAGCCUGCCAUGGAACUGAACAACAGGAGUAAUGAGUAAAGCUGCAAUUGAUCUCAGCAACUAUUUAACAAAUUUAUCUGUGAAUAUUUAAAGUUAAGUUAAAAACUACUGGUGUUGAGAAAAAGAUGUGAGUGCUGACCUAAAAGGAUCCUUUGUUUAUCCCUUCACAGCCACACAGUGAUGACAGAUACUGAGAAAAAUUAAUAAUUCACACUCUCAGACCAUUAUCAAAGCGUUUGCCUGUUCACUGAGGCCUAUGAGUGUAUUGUCUAAGUGUAUGUUUGCAUAGCACAGAAUUAAAAAUCUUUUUACAUCAAAGAGACUUAAA